GUGAACAAUUGUCAUCACAUCACUGCAUUCAUUCUAUUCAUCAUUAUUAUAUAUUUAUAUACCUUAAUUAGUUUAACCAUUUGGAAAUUUCAAUAUCUCAGCCUCAGAUGAACUGGCAAGACAUAAAGAAACCUUCAAAUUUUCCAUUCUUUCCUCUGCCUAAGACGCAAUUUUUUUAGGUAAGAGAAUCAUAUUUAUCCCUUUACGGCCUGUCAGUAAUCUUGGUUUUCAUUUAUCACCCUCGGAAAUUUCUUCUUUAGAAUAUUUUCAGGCUUCAAUUCAAUCUCUCCAUUCUUCUUCAACACAGUAUGAGAGACUUUGCAUCUUGUUUUAGUGAAUAUGCAGUGCAGGUUUCUGAUACAUCAUGUUCAAGUUAUUCAAAUAAUUCUUGUAUUUCUCCUAAUCCGAUCCCUUCGGUUCAAAAUGCUGUCACAUGUUUAUAUAGAACCAUUCUCUCCAAUCAAAAGAAGAUUUUGAUCACAGUUACAUGGUGCAAGAGCAGCUUGACUCAAGGCCUGAAUAUAACCUUUGGUGAUGAUCAAUCAAGCGCCUUCAAACUUAACACGAAUUCGCGCUUAUUCAAAAAGUUAAAAGGCAGCAAAUCACUUGAAUUCCAGAAUAGUAAAAUUGAAGUUAUCUGGGAUCUUUCUGCAGCUAGGUAUCCUACAGGCCCUGAACCUGUCGAUGGUUAUUAUAUCUUCGUCACCAUUGAUUCAGAACUUGGCCUUAUUCUUGGAGAUACAGCUCAAGAAGCUUGGAUGAAAAAGCACAAAAAUGGCACUCAAAUGGCGAAAUUCUCAUUAAUUUCGCGCCAAGAACAUUUUACGGGCAAUACCCUUUAUUCAACUAAGGCUCAGUUCUGCAAUACUGGUGCUGCUCACGACAUUUUGAUACGUUGUAGUGGAGAAAAAGAUGGCCAAAAGCAUCCGGUCCUAUCAGUUUGUAUCGAUAAGAAGAUUGUAAUUCGCAUAAAGCGCUUGCAAUGGAACUUCAGAGGGAAUCAGACAAUUUUAUUGGAUGGUUUGCUUGUUGAUCUCAUGUGGGAUGUUCAUGAUUGGUUCUACAAUCCAGCCUCGGGAUAUGCCGUGUUUAUGUUCCGAACCAGAAGUGGCAUGGAUAGCAGAUUGUGGUUGGAAGAGCAGCAGUUGCAGAAAGAUCAAGAUCAAGUUGAAUUCUCAUUAUUGAUCUGCGCCUGCAAAUCCCUUUAGAAGACAAAUUUUAUGGUUUUUUUUCUUGUUUCUUUUUAGAUAUUUCGAUUAUUUAUAUUAAGAAUUUAAUCUUGGUAAACUGACAAUAACUUGAACAAAGUAAACUCCUAUUCCUACUUUUUCUGUUUUUGAGGUUUGAAAGUGCAAGUGCUAGAUUGAUAUUAUGUGUAUUAUGCCCCAUUAAUUCUUUUUUCAUCUUUUACAUUUCCAUAUUUAAGUUUGAUUCAA